UUUGAACCGACUCAGAGGUUUAUUUGGCUUUACCCAGUUUCCAUCAUCUAAUCUGGUUCCUUCCAUCUGUAUUAUAACUUGUUUCCCCUUCUCAUUUUAACAGUUUCAUCAGCUUAUUUUUAGCUUAGUACCUUUCAAGCUUCACAACGAAUCAUCGAGUUGAACUCUUUCAGGCAAACUUUGUAUUAACCGAGUCGAAAACAGUUGAAAAACAAACACAAAUAUCAACAAAAGUUUUUAUUUUUUCCUCUGGCUUUUGUUUAAUUGUUUAAAUCUGUUGUGUUUUGUGUUCAAUUGUGAUUUAGUUAAUUAAGGAGAAACAAAUAACUAUGGCCAAUCGAGUCGGACCUCGUGGAUUAACUUUCCUUGGAGCUGAAAAGAACAUUCGAGAAGGUAAACGAGAUAAAUUUGCUGAAUCUGAAAUUGGUUUAUGGGUUGAAGCUGUUCUCGAAGACUGUAUCCCACCAAAGCCUUUUGAGGAGCUUUUCAAAGAUGGUGUUUUAUUUUGCAGAGUUAUGAAUAUCAUUAGGCCUGGAUCAAUUUCAAAGAUUCAGAAACCAUUCACCAAAGAUGCUCAUAUGGCCAAUUUGAAUGCUUUUCUUGAUGCCUGUCGAAGCUUUGGAGUUCCUGAUGAUCAAUUAUUUGCUCCGGAAGAUCUUUGGGAAGCCAAAAAUAUUCCCAAGGUUGUCCUUACCAUGUUAUCAAUUGGAAAGAAACUGUAUGAUUCAGGAUGGGAAGGACCAAACUUGGGCCCAAAACCAACUGGAGAGAUCAAAGAUUGGCCUGAGCAAGUUUUACGAGCCAGUGAAGCUCUUAUCCCGGCUCAGUAUGGAACCAACAAAUUUGCCAACCAGAAAGGAGUUCGCAUUGGUGGUGUACGAGAUAUAACACCAAAGGUUACUGAUAAGACAAACAAGGAAAACAUGAAAGAAUGGUCUGAGCAACAAUUGAGAGCAUCGGAAUCAAUCAUUCCGGCUCAAUAUGGAACAAAUAAAUUUGCCACUCAAAAAGGCCUUAGAAUCGGUGCAAGUCGAGAUAUUAUGCCAAAAGUUUCGGAUACCUCAAACAGGGAAAACUGGAGGCAAUGGUCAGAUGAACAGUUGAGAGCAAGUGAAGCAAUUGUACCACUUCAAUAUGGAACCAACAAACUUGCUUCUCAGAAAGGUAUCCGAUUUGGUGGAGCUCGGGAUAUUUUGCCAAAUGUUCAAUACAAAACAGCCGAUAAAUCGGAGGAAUAAAUUGAACAGUUUAAAGUUAAAAUCAUCAAGCAAUACUAACAACAGCAUGAACCGAGGCAGCAGUACCAACAACAGCAGCAUUAUUGGAAACAAUGACAAUAUAUGGAAACAAUUUAAUUAUUUUAAAUUGAAAUUGAAUGUUAAUGAAUAAAAGAAGCGAAACAAACCAAAUUAAAAUCACUACUUAAAGUGUUAAUUGAUCAGUUUUUAAUUGUCACCAUUGUUCUAACUGAUUCUUCAACUUCCCCUCCUUUGAUCCUUUAAUGCAUAAUAAGCUGAAUUUAUGAAAUAAAUGAAGAAUCUUGAAUAAAA